CAUGUUAUUACCUUUAUUUUCGUUUCCCCCCUCUUACUCCACCCCAAUCGGUAUUGUAGUGGAGAAGAGUCGACUGGGCCUCUGUCAUCGCAGCAUCGGUCCCACCGUUCUCAGCAGUCCAGAGGGCUGCAUUCGCCGCUGGCUGGCAAAACGUCAACAGAAGCAGCAGCACCGGCAUCGGGCAGCGAAGAACCCGAAAAAAGCGCAUGUGCUGCACCCUCGUCUCCAUGUUCCCGCUUAAACGGCACUCAGAACCUGACCCCUCAAGCCGAACUCGUGCCAGCCAGCCAUCACCUCCAACAGAUGAUGCAGGAUCGUUGGCAGGGCCACAGCAAUAGUGAAAUCACCAACAGAUCUCCGUCAGGAGAUCGAGUUUUCGGACAUGUGCUUGCCGGCUUAGCUUGGACUAGCUGGGCCCUGUUGGCCGAGCAUCUGGCCGGUUUGCUGGGCCGACAAACAGAGGAGCAUGGUUCUGCGAGCGUACUUCGACUGAUCUCUGAUGGACUGGAAGCCCUGACGCCUUGGCAGCUCGCCGCGUUUCUGAUUGCCGACAUUGCAUACAGGAAUUUAAAAAAUUCGUAA